UGACAGAAACAGCUUUUUUGAUGUGCCUACGAGCCAGUAUCGUUGCUGGACUGGAUAUUACCCUUACCCAUACGAUGAUGAAAGUAGGGUUGCUGAGCUCAUUUGUAUGUUAAUAUCAAUAUCCACUUCUAUUUCUUGACAAGCAAUAGCCAUGAUCCCGUAGAAUAAAGUUUCCAAGCCUCAAACAAUGUUGCAAUGAAGCUCUUUCUGCUAGCUGAAUUUGACGUCCAUGAGUUUGAGUGUACUUCAAAACUGAUGAAGUUGUAGCUGUAGGGUAUGCAAUUGCGAAAACAACAUGCCGCAUUCUAAGUUGUUGCUGAACUACAGACCCGGAAGUACGCGGCUGAGCCUGGGCACCAUCGAGGGGUCGGGCUUUUGUGUAGGCCCAAACUCGAGCUGCAUUAACACACAUUUUUCCAGGACUAAUUUCGUUAGAGCAGCAUCGCUUUGGAGGCAUACACAUACUAGUCAUUUUUCAGCACUCUUACACAGGACAACUGCUGCAGCAAGUAGCUCCUUCAGUAGAGCUUACUCAUCAAUUCCUUGUAAGAAAAAGAACUCUAGUAUUGAUUCAGAAAAAAUAUUCUGCAACAGUCGACCCGUAGCUCGACUAUUUGGUACUAGUUCACCUCCUCCUUCUUGUUUUCUGAGAAAGAAACUCGCAAGGAGUGGAACGUCAACCAUCCCCGCCCUUGGCAUUGACACGCGAGCGUUUAGCUUUUCAUCUGUUGGUGGAAAAGCCACGGCGGCUACGCGUGAUGUUGGAGUUGGCAACACGACCAUUCUAAAUACUACAAGAUUGCUAACUACAUCUACAACUGCACCGCGGGACGAUCCUUACGAGCAGGGGCAGCAGUUGCAGUCAAGUUCAGUCUUGCAGGCAAAUAAGGAAGGCGCUCGAAUUGUAGUCAACGUCAACGAGGAGCAGGGGCAGGCUGCGUGGUCCACGUCUGCGAUCGAUAACGCCGUGGCGGAGACGGAAUAUCGCGAAGCCUUUCUCCAUUCUGGAGUGCUGCAGAACACGAACGGGUACAAACAACACGUCCUGGGCUCGCAGCUUUCGGCAGACAACAGCGAAAUGGGGGUUUCCCUGAAGUGGGCCGAAUACGGCGAGAAGUCAAUGUAUGCCCGCGAAAAAGUGCAAGCUGGUGGACCUUCACAGUGAUUCCUUAUUAUCUCGAGGAGGAUUUUUAUAAAGAGCAACAUGCGGCUGGAGCAAGUCCAAGUAUACGUGAAAAAAAAGCGUGACAUGUUCGUUUCUCAUUAUGGAGGAAGCAUGUGCAGCAUGUAUCUAUAAACAUAAAGAAGAAUCCUAUACGAGAGCAAUAAACUGUAACUCCCUGCUGAUCUAGAGGACCCUGGCCUUCUUGUAAGUUGGACUGUUAUUGUUAAAAAAAAGCUCCACCAAAAAAAGGCUGAUGUGCUGAUUCCAACAGAAGCAACUUUAAGGAAACUGCAUGCGACUCUCGUAACCGGAGACACUCUGACCGUAAAAGCGACACUAAAGGAGCUCGGCGGUCGCUGGAACGCGAAGGAAAAAGGUUGGAUGUUGCCGAAGGAGAAAUGGGAUCAAACCGCUCGCCCAGCUUUGGAAGCCAAAGUGGACCAGCUGACUAUGGAAGCCUCAGGUUGGAAAUUGUCCUCAGAAUCAUCAAAUGAACUGUAGUACGUACUUGUGCGUUUUUAUUUCGAGACUCGAAGAUUUGAAGAUUUUUCUCAUGUUGUUUAUCGCAAUGAGAAGGACAGGUCGAGGGCAGAAGCAGUUCCUCCUCCUGUCGGUUUCUUCAGAAACCGUGUCCGUGCCCAUACUCAGGCUUAGAGUUGUCGUCGACCUCUAGUACUCUUGCCUUCUCUCCAAUACUGGCACUAUGUGCCUAAGACUUAGUAACAUUUUACCUUCACGACCUCCACGCACGACAAUGACAAAUCACUUCCCUGGCCCAGCACUGUAUUUCUAACAUGCUUGCGUGAAGAACAUCUGGAUCUGCGCCGCCGGAAAGGUCGUGCCGUAUAGCUGACGUUUCUUGUUGUGGACGAUUUAUUUAAGUAACAUGAUUUGUCGAUUUCCAACCUUGCAUGUCCAUACGGACCGAGCUGGAAGAAGGCGACGAGGAGGAUGAAGAGCCGGCUGCGGUACAGACGCUAGCUUUUGUGAAUCACGAACGUAGUUGCCCCCCCAAUUUAAAAGAACAAGCGCGCUCCUUAUUUCUCGUUUUGGCUCUUUAUGGUAAAAGCUGCGCACCACCAGAAAUCUACUUGUUUCUAAUUCUAGUACUUCACUAGCAAUGGUACUGGUGGACGAGUCGUGCUGAAGGUCGUGUUUCUUUUGCAUCUGGUCCUGUUGAAAAUCUUGCAGAAGCCAACGGCCGCAAAGAACUCAGGUCAUUUUAUUCAGAUGUUCUCACUUCUUUCUGACUGUUCAACAAAUAACAACAUACUGACUCCAGAAACGCCAAAAGAAAAACGCGGCAAAGGCAGGCGCGGGCGGCGACGCUGCAGGCGCUGGUGACGACGCCAAGUUUAUCGAUCUGGGUGGGCGCAAGCGCUGCUCCCUCUCAAAGUACCAAGGCAAGACCUUUAUCGAUUUACGCGAAUAUUACGAGGACAAGACCAGCGGAGAAAUGAAACCCGGCAACAAAGGAAUCUCGCUCACCCCAGACUUGUACAGGAAGGUAUAUACAAAGACAAAUAGGAUACAACAAGCUGCAGAAUCUUCAUCAACAUGAUCAUGUUCAUGAUCAUGACAAUAGGAGGCUGCACAGACUGAAUGAAAUAUGAAGUGAGAACUGAUCGUGAUGUGACCACCUGUUGCUGUCUCGAAAUUGCACUUCCGGGAUAUUCUUGAACUUUUACCUGAGUGUACUAAUGGUAAAUGGAUACAGAGGACGCAGUUACAUGGGAGGCAGCUACACCAAAGUAGAGGCAUCGCUAACGCUAUCUGUAUCUGAAAUAAAAUCAUGCAUUGCUAUGUAAGUUGAUAUCUUCAUUUUUUUUGAUAUGAUACAACAGCUAGUGGAAUGCUACCCCACGAUGGAGGAAGCGAUCGGGGCGCAGGAGGAGACCUCCAUCGAUUUGGGAAAUAAGCGUCGUUUUACCCUGUCGCAGUACAUGGGCAAGUACUACAUUGGAAUUCGCGAAUAUUGGGAGAAAGAUGGGGAGUGGCUCCCGGGAAAGAAAGGAAUCAGCUUGUCGGUGGACGCUUUUCGCAUUUUCUCCGGAAAAAACGAAGAGGUCCUGUCUUGGUUGGACGAGUGACGAUCGCGACCGCGGCCGGAGGGCGAGAUCGAGAUGUACCCACUUUGGGAUGGGCGAUCAACACUCGUCGCGCAUGUAAUAAAGCCGACAAGAACUACAACUAUCUUCAUCGUGUAGAUUGAUGCCAAGCUUCGAGGAGCAGGCCCUUGCACAGCAUCCACAAACCAAAAUGAAAUUACGCAUUUCAUCGUAAUAAAGACACACUUACACCAUGCAGUUUGCUUCUUGUGUUUCAAAUGUACCUUUUCGGUUUUGACCUCAUCCUCGGCAAAACCAAAAAUCUAAGAGCUACAGCGUCAACAAUCUUGACACUUUCAAAUGCAGCUGGUUCGACUCCGCCUCCAAAGAGACCAAAAAAAUGUAGAUCAUCUACUUACCCCGAGAAGACGAAGGCGCCAC